AUGCCGGUGCCGGUGCGGGCGCUGGCCGUGGCGCGGCGGCUCGGCGCGGCCUGGCAGGUCCCGGCUGCCCGCGCCGCGCUCAGCGCGAGGGCCGGCGAGCCGCGGCCGCCGCCGCAGCACAGAGUGACGGUGGAUGUGCUGGAUCACUUGGAGCACCUGGCCUUGGUGGAUUUCCGCGAUGCAGAGGGCGUGCAGCGGCUGCAGAAAGCCAUCCAGUUUGCUGAUCAGCUUCAUGAAGUAAACACCGAUGGUGUGGAACCGAUGGAUUCAGUCCUGGAGGACAGGUGUCUGUAUCUCAGAGAAGAUGAUGUUACAGAAGGUAACUGCACGAAAGAGCUGCUGAGAAAUGCCCGAGAGAAAGUAGAGGAGUAUUUUGUAGCCCCACCAGGUAACAUCCCUUUACCAAAGCUAGAGGAACGAGAUACUUAUCUGCAGGGCUCGUAGCAAAAGCCCAGAACCCAAACACCACUGUGCUCUUUUAUUUGGGAAAACUAAGUUUUGUGCAGUCACAGCUGUAUAUCCUGGCAUGUAUUUUGAUCAAAAGAAGAGCAUUUGCACAGAAGACUUACAGAAGAAGGAAGGGGUGAAAAGUGUAGUAGUGCUGCAAACAACAGGUAAUAUGAAUUAGAGAUUAAUGAUACACAUGCUUUGUUUCUCAACAUCUCAAAAGUCCACUAAGCAUAUUGGAAGUAAGAUCAUUUGAAAAGUACUGAAAAAAAAUACCAAAGGGUUUGGAUAGUACUGGUAUUUGAUUCAGACAUCAGUGGCUUGCUGUUAAUACUGUGUGCACAACUGCUUUGACAAGCUCCCACUGGGAAAAAGGCUACAGCUGUCUUUGCUGGUGUAAGAAAUCACAGCUCCUGGGUAGAAUGCACUUUCACUCACUACCCUCAAAGGUUACAUGUUUGGUAAGCUUGGAACUGUGUAGGGUUUUUUUUUAAACUCAUAUUUCUCUGUCGGGAAGCAAGAGCAAAUGCUUGUCCCACUCUUAUUUGUGCAGUUACUUAUUUGUUUAAGCUUCCAUAAUAUACAUACAGAUUACACAUAUUCAUGAAACACAAUCAUUACAAUACUUGAAUUAAAUGUCUCUAUUUAACCCCACUAGACCAGUUCUCUGUAAAGUUGUAACACUGUGUUAGUGCUUUAGCCUCAGGCUUGUCAACAUUCAGACCCUGCAAAUGCUCAUGUUUUACGAAUACGCAAGCUCAGCCUAAAAGUAAUUUCUGAUGUGUAUAUAAAUCACAAGGAAAGACCUCAAGUCACUCCACACACAAACAUGUUUGCAGAAAAUUCCCAGUCUGAGGACUCAUCAUUUGUUCUACCCAUUUUGGUCACCUCCUUUGACACGAGAAUGGGGACAAUGUCAUUUACAUAGAAAAAGGAAGAGGAAUUUGAGAGUGAACGGCAUGGCUGCAGGAGCUUCCAAUGCAAUAUAUCAUCUAGUAGCUAAUUAAAAACAACCACCAAACCAUCGAUUUAGACACAGAUAAUCUCACAUUCCUAAUGCAGCACAGGCUAAGCUUAAAACUGCCAGUUCACUGCUGCUCUUCUACCUACGCACUCUAGGGAGAGAACAGACUGCCUGAUGCUUGUUCCUCCUGAACAAACUGCAUUUAAAGUGGAAAACACACAUUUCCAUAAUGAAGGGGUUUGUUGCAACUUCACUGCUAAUAAAGGAACUACAGCCCCGACUCAGACACCUGCAACCAAAACAGAAACCUUUGCAAAGGCCAGAUGAGCUCCCGAUAGGGCAGAAUAUGUUAGUGCCUCAGCCAGCCCUUGGAAUGACUAAUGCUGUGGGUGCUGUACCACACGGGAUGGUGCAAAGCCUCCUUGGGCUCUGAGUGCACCCUGAUGAGACCCUUCAUGGUGCCAGUUAACCUGCUUUCACCCCAGGGCCUUGACACAUAAGUAGGUCUGGAUCUGGGUCAGAUCUUUACAGUAUUCUGCCAAAAUGCAAUUUAUCAAUCCUGGCAAGUGAAUAAAUGUAGAUAAGGAUUCACGUAAUAAAAUCACUAUCAGUUAAGUUCUUAGUGAGGCAAACAUCAUGUAUGUUUGUGAAAUAACUCGUCUUUCCUCAGUGGUUAAUAGACACAACAAAAGGGAAAAGAUGUCUUUUUGUAUUAAAAAAAGCAACAAAAGGAGGCCAGAUUCUGAGAUGGUGUAAAUAUAUGUAGUUUCCCUGGAGACCAUGGAGAUGACUUGCACCCACUAAGGUUUUUCCACUCGUAUGUAGAUCUGUAACACAUAAAAUUGGAUAGACACCCUAGCGUGCAGAUUCCAAGCUUCCAAAGAAAAUUUCAAGGUAGAGAUUUAAUAAAAUUUUAUGUAAAAAAGAAA